GGUGCCGCUGGCUGGGAACAGGAUGCUGACAGGCCGAGCAGACGCAACGAUCCAACGGAGAAAAUCCGCAGCAGCAUCCUUUGUUUUCAGGAGCAGCAAAUUCAGAUUGUGUGGCGAACUGAAAAGAGAGUUGACGGGGCUGAGAAGAGGCAGUGAGGCUUUCAUUUCCUGCCAUCCUCUGCCUUUCCUAGGGCCCUGUGGAAGCACUCAUCCACACGACUGUCCUCACUUCUCAGUACUCACUAACCUCCUUUCCAUGGUGUAACUGCUCUCCCUCUCUCUUUUCAUCAAUCUUUCUGUCCAUCUUGCUUGAUGAAAAGUUCCAAACCUAAGAACCACAGACUAAUAGAGACCUCUCAUCAAAGACCAGUGAAGAGCUGCUAACAGAAAGAAACUGUCCUUCACAUGCAAUGCAGUAGAAUAUUUGACUGGAGUACCAGUAAGUCUGGCUCAGGCAAUGAGGAGGGUCAGGAGCUUCAUCUCAUUCUAAACGUUCUCUUCUCCACCUUGAGUCUUCAUGUUUUGGGGGUCCUGCGGCUUCCCUGCCCUCCGUCGAACCCCCCACACAUCCAGCCACCACGGCCGGCCACCCCAGUCGCCUUGUUGCCAUGCCGACAGAGACACUGCCACAAGACCUGCCAGAUAGCAAGGCUGCUGGCCCCGCAACGGCCUUCAAUUCGGCUGUACCCCUCCGUAUACUCAACAAGGGCCCUGACUACUUCAGAAGACAGGUGGAACCUAACCCAAAGCGCCUAAGUGCUGUUGAGAGACUAGAAGCUGAUAAAGCCAAGUACGUCAAGAGCCAGGAAGUUAUCAAUGCCAAGCAAGAGCCUAUCAAACCACCCGUCCUGGCAAAGCCUACUGUCUGUCACCCACUGCUGUCCAAGAGAGGCUCUGGGAUUGGUGGAGGAGGAAAUGGAGGCGGGAUGCCUUUCAAAGCGUCGAAUAACAAUGCAAAGUCAGACACAUGUGCAACAAGCAGUGGCGGCAGUAAACGGGAGAAUUUAAACCUGGAGAUACUCAAAAAUCUCCUAAAUUCAUCGUCCUCUUCAGGCACUGGACCUGAAGGACUAGGAGGUGGAGCUAAGAGUGCUGUACUGAUGAGGUCAUCGGGGGAAAUGGCCAAGAGUUGGAUGCCAUCAGGGAUCCCAUUAGCAUACCGAUCUACAAUGACACUUAAUGAGCGACCUCCAGACUCAGGUCACAGUCCAAGCACCUCACACUCUCUCCGCUCAUUCUCCCAUUCCCUGAAGGUCCCCCCGGUCAACAGCGGGGGACGUCAUAGUCCACAACCAGGAGGAAACCUCAACCUCAGCAGACGAGUCCUGGAUGAAAGAGGAGGCAAGGGAGUCGUUGAUCGCUCUCGUUCUCCACUACCGCCUCUGCUCACCUCCCACUCCUCCUCUGACCUCUUGCGACUGUGCAAUGGCAAGCCCCUCCGUACUGCCCGAUCCAGCAGCUCCUCAGCUCCUCCCCUCCCUCCAAAACCUAACCCUGCAUCCCUUCCUCCUCCCACACUUUCCUUGUCAUUGCGUCCGCCUCAACCCAAUCCAUCUGCAUCACCAUUUGACAGUACCACCCCUCAAUCGCUACCUUGUGAUCUUGGAGACCCUUCCAAUACUUCAAUCAAUCCCCAUCUGGAGGUAGAGCUUGGCUCAUCUGUAGCUUGUCGCUCCUCACUACACAGAUCUAAAUCAGACCUGUCAGACCGGUAUGCCCGGGCUGGAGCUGACGUGGAACGCUUUUUUAACUACUGUGGCCUCGACCCAGAGGAGCUAGAGGCAGUUGGUCCAGAGAAUUUUGCACGAGCCAAUUCAGACAUUGUCAGCCUGAACUUCCGAUCAGCUUCUAUGAUCUCCUCCGAAUGCGACCGCUCACGGCAAUCCUCCAAUGAUGGGUUGUCAGAUGGGGAUGAGGGUGGGGACAAGGAGGAGGAGGCUGGGGAGCGUGUGCCAUAUGGGAUCUCAGCUGUGGAACGUAAUGCAAGAGUCAUAAAGUGGCUUUACAGUAUCAAACAGGCAAGAGAGACACAAAAAGUGUCACAUGUUUAGGACAAGCACUACAGAAAAACUGCGCUGUGUUUCAGAAUGGAUAGAUGGAUUAUUGAAUGGAUCAAAUAGAAAGUCUGGCUGGUCUAUCCAAACUAGGUGAAGAAAUAAAUGAAUAGAUUUAGAAACAGACUCUUAUCAUCCAAGGUCUAGAUUAACACCAAGGAAAUGUAGGGAAAUGUGAAUGGAUGGAUAGGAACAUAAUCAUAUAUUCAAACAAAUAAACAAAGGACAUAUAAAUAAGUAAACAGUUUAAACCGACAGACACAUAAGUCCUAGGACCUAUAAAACCACAUCUUCACCAUAAUGGAUUACAGGCCUUUCUCACAGAGUACAUUUUGGCUGGUCGGACAGGGGUAGAGGGGUGUAGAGCGGUCAUUCUCUAACAGAGGGUUGGCACUGCGAUUCCCAGCCUUCCCCAUUCCGCAUGCCAAAGUGUCCUUGGGCAAGAUACUGGGCCCCAAAAUUGCCCCUUUUCAUAGAGAAAGUGUUGCAAUAGAUGCCCUGUAUGAAUGUGUGUGUGAAUGGGUAAAUGACAAAAACUAAACUGUAAUGCGCAAAAAUAGAAAAGCGCAAUAUAAAUAUCAUUUUAGUUGCAGGCUGGUUUCUAAAUUUGUUUCAAAAUACAAUCAUUGCCCAUAUCUUUGAUGCGUUCUGUGAGUUGAUAGCCCUGAUUCUUUGCACAUUCACGGCUGUUUCCCCAGUUGGAGAAAUGGGUGACCAUUCAAAGCGUUUGAAGUGGGACUGUAAAUAGAGACAUCAUCUAAAUAUAGUGGCUUCAGGAAGAAUUCAGACCCCUUACUUUUUGGGAAUUUUUUCUAGUGUUUUGUUGAUUGAAUAAAAAAUAUACUGUCAGUGUACUAAUCCAGCUAAUGAUUCAUAAUGACCAAGUGAAAACAUGUUUUUUUUUUAUUUGUUUGUUAACUUGUUCAAAGCUGUCUUCAGACAAAUUUGUGUCCGGACUAUCUCCACGAUUAGCCUUUCACACAUGAUCAGCGCAGGGGGAGUUCUCUCCUCAGACCCGUUAACAACAACAAAAAAUCCUCUGCAGGAUUCAGGGGUGGGGCUGGAGGCAGAGGCAGUAAGUAACACGUUCAUUCUGCUAUGGAGUUCAGGAGAUUUUGUAUACAGUACAUCGACACCACGAACUUGCUUGAUCGUCUUCAUUGUCUUAAUCAUGACAUAUAUGGUUUUGUUUCGUUUCGUUUGCGUCUGUUGUGUGUUAGAAGCAUCAUCAGUACAUCAUACUAGAGUAAUAGAGCUAAAGUAUAGUGCGAUUUGUCCCUUCUGAAUUACAAGGAUGUUGUCCAGUUGUUGGACUGAGCAACGGGUAUUAGUUCCACUUGUGCUUUUCUUGCAAUGACAUGCCAAAAAGUCCACUUUGGAAAAUGCUAGUCAUAGUGUUCAAAUCUCUUAUUUUACUACAAACUUGGAAAAGGUCCUGCACUCUUAGAAAAACGGAUAUGGAACUCUAUCUGUCAAAAACUAGAAAGCACUUUGGAAAGACAGCUUUGGGAAGCUACUAGAUAGUUGUUAUAGGUGACUGUUAAAUGAUUAACUGAGGGUGAGAGGGUGAGGGGGCGGGGCACUCAAAACAGAUAAAUCUGAAGAGGGCUGUUUUAGACAGAUUAAAAAGGUCCUGUUUUAAUUAUCCUUGUGGUAUUUUGACCAAAAUAUGUUACAGACAUUUCAUUAAGACCCCAAGGAACCAUAUCAACUGUGGUAAAAUGGGCAUAUGAUGGGUCCUUUAACUAUAUUACUUUUAACUGGUAAUAUAGAUAUCAAAAUUACUCAUUUAAUGCUUUAAAGUGUGUGAUUGAGUGACAAAGAAAAAAAGAUGCAGUGAGAGGUUAAGACAGAUAGACACAUGAUAUAAAAUCGAAUAUCUCAAACAAUACUUAUUAACAAUGUUCUUAUCAACCUGAUAAUUUUAAGCAAUUUAACAUUGCACUGGAGAGUUUUAGUGUCCUAUGAUGAGAUAUUGUUAUUCAGUGGCUGUACUACACUGACAAUAUUCAGAAUUCAUUCACAAUUUGGUUAAAAGUAGAAAAUAUUGUUUACAAUGUAAUGGAUCACUCAAGGCUCUACUUUAGUGAUUCACUUUACUUUUUUGGUCCACUUAGCUUCUGGUCAGUCUGACAUUGUAGAUAUAUGAUGAAAAUAGCAUGGCAUUUAAAGAUAAACUGCUCUUAAAUGUGUAAGGCUACCAGGGUCUAAAAGGUUUGACCCUGAUCAUAUGAUAAUUUCCCUGAUUCAUGUUAUCUGAACAACGCAGUCCAGUUGCAGUCUCCCUCAGUCAAGGUCAAUGUAAAUUGAAUACACAAAUCAGGUUUCUGUUAUCCAAAUGUUUUUGUCAUUUGUGGGUCCAUCUUGCUCUGAUGAUAAUGCAGGAGGAGAUCAGCCAGACUGUCCAAUCAAUGGCUCACUGAUCUGUUCAUAUGGCGUCAUGUUUACUUCUCCUAGUUCAAUUAUAAUAUGUCAGUAAUAAGUCAUUGGGUGAAAACUAAAUCAACCAAACUACAGGUGGGUCGUAAAACAGUGAAAUCUGAACUCCUGUUAUAAAGUAUAUGACACUGUCAAUAUAACUUUUCUUCGGUAAAAUAUACUUUUAUAUCACGUGCAAAGCUACAGAAUCCCUGAGCACAUCCAAUGAGUCGUGUAUUUCGCAAGCAUAACUGCCCACAACAAAGAUUGGCAGUCAGGUAAGAUGAACAGUACUCAGCAAUUCUCAAUAGUAAUGUUACAGGACACCAAAACUCUCCUUUCAAAACAAUGUCCGUAAAACUCUGUCAUAAUGUACACCACCAUUCUUAUACAUGCAGACUGAAAGUAAUACUUGUGAAACUGUUCAUUAUCACUAUAUAGGACGUAUUAUAAACGGAAAGGGUGAUUGUGGUCAUGUUAUAUGUCAGCAUUCUCUCCAAAGUUUUUUAUAAUAGCUUGUCCUAUAAAUCGCAAACACACAAACUUCCCCAGAGAUUCUGCUGUAUGUCAAAAUAACACUGUAGGCAGCAUUCAUCAUAAAAACCUUGUUGAUGUUGAUGUUCUCAGCUCUGCUUUCUCUCUGUUGGCAAUUCAGUCCCCAAAGCCAGCCACAGAAUGUUUAGCUUUAAAAGCCCCUGUGUGUUACUCGAUAAUAAAGAGAGGUGGGCUGCAGAUUUGCCUCCGCUAUUACCUUUGUCAUCUGUAUCCAUGUCUGUAAGUUACUGAUAUACCUCAAAGUCUGAAGUUAUAUCGAUAUGAAUGCAAUGCCUCAGUCACAAUUUACCAUCAGUGUAUCUGUCAACCCACCACCUUCCGUCACCUCAUCAACAGUAACAGCUCUGGGUUUGCCUUACUUCACCUCACUAUAGGUAUAUGGUUUGGAAUUCAUAUGGUGAUUACAUAGUGUGUAAGAGAUAGCAGGGAAAGAUGAGGCACAAUUUAGUUAAAUGGACUAUUGACUUUUCUGCCAUAACUAUCAGCUUGGCUACAUCUCAACUAAUUUGAAACUAGAAACAUUCAUCUCAGCACUGCGAUAAGGCAGAGCAAACCAUCCAGUUGUAUUAUUAAAUUAUUGAAAUUAUAUUUGUUAAAUGAAAGUUUUAAUCCAUCAUUGAAACCAAAAGUAAUAUGCUCAUCAUUUGAUGAAAAGGAAAGGUUAGUAGAAGUAUGGCCUUGAAAUAAAACAAGAGAACAUCUAACAUGUUCCAAAAAUGCUGUCAUGUCAUGAAAUUUCACUUUGAAUGCAAACUUCUCAGUAAAUUAGACUCAAGUGGAAGUGAAGUGGCCAGCCGGGAGAGUCUCCCCCUCUCCUCACUCUGACCUUAGGGUUGUGCCUGCACGUUGGACCCCCCCCUCUCAAACCCCCGGCCGGACCCCAGUAAAUCCUGCUGCUUCUCGGGAUAUGCAUUAAUAACAACAUUGUACUGUUCUGGCAGUAUAACCAUGCUUCACAGUCACUGGUGUUAUUUUGGCUUGGAUUGACAGUUUUUUUUUUGUUACCUGCUUUGUUGAACUUUUUUCUUGUGUGUACAUGCUGUAAGAAAAUGUAUAUAAAGCCAUGCGUUGGAUUAAAUUUUUUCUCUGUCUGAAGGUCUAUGUUAAGAAAAGAAAAAAAGAUUAAAAAAAUCUGAUGUUUGCCCAUACUACAGACGUUUCAGAUCAAACUGGGGCAGGAUUGUUUCAGAGAAUAUGACACUAUGUUUUUCAACAUGGAACUGCAAGUUUUUGCCUGACUGAAAAGAGAAAACAUUUCAAUGUUCAGUUUAUUUUGCAUUAUUUCAAUGAAUGUUUUUGAUUGCCAA